AUGCUGUCGGUUGAGGAUAUCUGUCGCGUUUGUGGAGAUAGAGCUAGCGGUGAGUAAAAUAACAGGAAAUCUUGAUUUUUCUUAAGGACGACACUACGGAGUGAGAAGUUGUGAUGGUUGUCGAGGGUUCUUCAAACGGUCAAUUAGACGAAAUUUGCGAUAUGAAUGUAAGGAGAAAGGGCAUUGUGUUGUUGAUGUGGCUCGUCGUAAUCAGUGUCAAGCAUGCAGAUUCAAGAAGUGCAUUGCAGUUUGCAUGAACAGAAAUGGUAAGUCAUCCGUCGAUGGCUCAACUCCAUUUAUGCAAAAUCUUCUCACAGGGCUGGGUGUCACUUUAGACGACUUCAUGAAAUUUUAAUUGCGUUUUUGUUCAUGCCCUUUUCAGCGGUUCAAAACGAGCGUAGCGUUUUCCCAAGAUCUCACCGGUCGGGAAUAUUUGGAUCGAGCCACAGUACUUUAGAAUGCAGGUAAAUAAACGAAAACGAAUAUAAUAUUCUAGGAGCCCUUACUCGAUGGUAGUAACGCGAUCGUUGUUGAGCUUACAACCAAAAGAAAACAAGGGUAUGUUAAGAGCCUAUGAUAUUAAGUUUUAUCUCAGCUACCAAGUUCAACGUUACAAGCCUAACAGAGACAAAAUCUGAUAAUACUAAUAACUGGGAACCAUUCCUUACAUCGCUUUUCUCAUGGUUACUGAGGUUCCAACCACUUCAACAGCUAUCUUUGCACGACAGAAGGCUGAUAUUACAAAAGAGCUGGCAUUCUGUCUUCCUAUUUCACUCAGCUUGUCAGUUUGCAGACUUCAUAACAAAAGGUGUGUUUGAAGGUAGUAAAGAUAACUGAAAAUUGUAGAAAACUUUGAUGAAAAGAUCAAUUAUGUUACUUCAACAUUAAGCACAUUAAAAUUGAACCCGAUAGAACAAUGGACGUUGAGCUGUGUACUAAUGUUAAGAGCUGGUAAGACGUUAAUAUAUCUCCAUUGACUCAAUGUGUUCUUAAUCUAUCUAAACUACAUGUCAAAUAAUAUUUCAGAUAUUUCUGGAUUGGAAGACACCGAAAAAGUAAAACAUCUACAAGAACAGAACCUUCUGGCGUUCGCCGAGACCGUGUUCAACUCAAAAGGAGCCAACUCCAUUAAUCAGACCAAGUCGAGGUUUGCCAAGUCAUUACUGCUGACUUUCUCUAUCUCAGAAAUCGACCCCAUUCUCAUACAGACUUUAUUCUUUCCUUCACAAAAUAUUCAGCAGAUUCACGAGAUUCUGAAGACAUUCUGA